CGCUGCCAUGGCGGCGGCGGGCUCGGGGCCGGCGGCGGGGGUCCCCCCGGCUCGCAAGGAUUUCUAUUGGCUCCGCUCCUUCGUGGCCGGAGGUAUUGCAGGAUGCUGUGCUAAAACAACCAUUGCCCCUCUAGAUCGAGUAAAGAUUUUAUUGCAAGCUCAUAAUCACCAUUACAAACAUUUAGGAGUAUUUUCUGCAUUGUGUGCUGUCCCCAAAAAGGAAGGCUACCUCGGACUGUAUAAAGGGAAUGGGGCGAUGAUGAUUAGAAUAUUCCCAUAUGGUGCAAUCCAGUUUAUGGCUUUUGAUCAUUAUAAAAAGUUAAUUACCACCAAGUUUGGGAUUUCUGGACACGUACACCGGUUAAUGGCUGGCUCCAUGGCAGGUAUGACAGCGGUCAUUUGUACUUAUCCUCUUGACAUGGUUAGAGUGCGCCUGGCAUUCCAGGUGAAAGGGGAACACACAUAUACAGGAAUUAUUCAUGCAUUCAAAACAAUUUACGCCAAGGAAGGUGGCUUUCGAGGAUUUUACCGAGGGCUGAUGCCGACCAUUGUAGGAAUGGCCCCUUAUGCAGGUGUUUCAUUUUUUACCUUUGGUACAUUAAAGAGUGUUGGUCUAUCCCAUGCUCCUACCCUGCUCGGAAGGCCUUCAUCAGAUAACCCUAAUGUCCUAGUUUUGAAAACGCACAUAAACUUACUUUGUGGUGGCGUUGCUGGAGCUAUAGCACAGACAAUAUCGUACCCACUUGAUGUAACCCGCCGGCGAAUGCAGUUAGGGACUGUACUCCCGGACUCUGAAAAGUGCCUUACAAUGCUGAAGACGCUGAAGUAUGUGUAUGGUCACCAUGGAAUCAGAAGAGGAUUGUACCGUGGCUUAUCUCUCAACUACAUCCGAUGCAUUCCCUCGCAAGCUGUGGCAUUUACAACAUAUGAACUUAUGAAGCAAUUUUUGCAUCUCAACUAAAAUCCCGAGGUGUUUGUUUUAUGUUUUCUUUUAGAAAAAAUUGUCACCAGGGAUAAUUAAUCCCAAAUAUUUUCCAUUUUACGCUAAUAUCCAUGGGGAAAAUACUUGAAGAGGGAAAUUUACUCAGUUAUUGAAACCACUGGGAUUUUGGUACAGGUACUUGAUUUUUAUUUGCCGAAAACAAACACUUACCAGGUUGUAAUUUGGGGAUGCCAAAAUUUGUAGUUUCUGAAUCGUAGCAUUCACUGUAAACUUUAGGACGCUUCAGGCCAAACUGAUUUGAUUUGUUUGAAAGAAGUGAUCACUUGUCAUUUGCAAAUGAUCAGGAAAAAGAAUUAGUUUCAAUACGGGUUUAAGCUGUUGCUGUUAGCUUUGUCAUGCCAUUCCAGGCUCUCAGUACGAAUCAUGAUAUUGCAUUUUAUUUCUGGUCGAAGCUCUUUUCUUUUGAGUAGAUUAACUUGAAACAGUGUAAUUGGUUGAAACAAUAUUUAGAACUGAAUUUAUAUUUACUUUGUUGUAGAAAGUGUAACUUGUAAGUCAGCUAUAAAGGGUUAAUAUUUUUGGUGGUAAUUCCUGUACACUGUCAAACUUGUGCAUCUUUUGAUAAGCAGUUAAAUUUUUUCCAGUCUAUUUGAAUGUAGUGUGUUUAAAAGUAGUGAUUUUGUAAAUCAGUAUCUCCAUUGUUUUAAUAAUCAUCUGUAGAUAAUAUGAGAUAUUUUACCUGGAUCUUCAUAAAGAUGCAGUCUAUCCAUCAAUGUCGUAUUUAUUGAGCGUUUACUGUGUGCAGAGCACUGUGCAGCAUAAGGAAGUUGACAGACACGAUCCCUGCCCAUAAGGAACGUACAGUCUACAGCCUAAUCCACAAUUAAUCCAUCAAGGGCAGUUAUGACACGUCGGACAACAUCACUCAAAAAAUGGGCCAACCCAAUGUGUUUGCUGAAAGGAUUUAUUUAUCGAGUGGCAUUGGUUUGUGGAUUAUGCUGCACUGAAAGAUGUAAAUGUAUAAUGGAUGAAAAAUAUAUACCUUAAUGCGGGUUGUCUCAAAAGAUUUCUGUAAAUGUGUGGGCGUACAGCUAUAUAUAUAUGUGUAUUUUAUUAUAUUACAUCAAAAUAUUCCUUGGAAAACAAUCCUAUUGCAAUGUCAAGAGACUUUACAGAGCUCUUCAAUAUAGUUUUCAAAUAACUGUAGUGCUUAAAAUGAAAAUAUUUGACCAUCAUAUCACUUUAAAAAUACUAUUUUUAUUAUUGUAAAUAUGCCAAAUAGGUCCAAUAAGAAAAAAAGAGUGAUGUGUCCUCUGAAAUAUGAUUAGGGUUGAAAUAAUUCAAGGUAUUAAAAUACUAAUAUAGUUGA